ACAAAUGGUAUAAUUGGUAAAUAAUUCUGCGGUCACAUUAAAACUUAAACACCUUCAGUCACUCUUAAUUUUAAAACCACAUGUGCGCUCAGUUAAACAAUAUAGUUUUGUGAAUCCAAAGCAUAGAUAGCUAUGGACAAUGAAAGCGAAAAUUGUAGUAUGGAAGUGGUGGAGCCCGAGGACGCGGAGAGCGACAUGAGCUCAAACAGCGGUAGUGACGAAGAAGAUGAUAACGCUGAGCCCAAGGUCCCCAAAGAGGUUUACUUGCCCGGAACGAAAUUGGCCGACGAUGAGGAACUGGUCUGCGAUGAGAGUGCAUACGUGAUGCUGCACCAAGCUUCUACAGGAGCUCCCUGCCUGAGCUUCGAUGUUAUACCUGACGAGUUGGGUACGGGACGGCAGUCGUUUCCGAUGACGGCUUACAUUGUGGCCGGCACUCAAGCUUCCCGUGCCCAUGUUAACAACCUUAUUGUGAUGAAAAUGAGCAACUUGCACAAGACGCAGGACGAUGACGGCGAUGAAGACGAAGACGAGGAGUUGGAAGACUACCAAGACGACGUGGCUGACAGGGAGGAGCUUAAGAAGCCGCAGAUGACAUGCGCCCUGAUUAAGCACCAAGGGUGCGUUAAUCGCGUCCGUGCCCGCCGCUUGGGCAACUCGGUUUACGCCGCCUCAUGGAGCGAGCUUGGUCGUGUCAACAUCUGGGACCUAACCCAGCCCUUGCAGGCCGUCGAGGACGCUCAGAUGGCCAAGCAGUAUGAACAAAGCGAAUUACGUCCGGUGUUUACUUUCGGUGGCCACCAGCAGGAAGGCUUCGCCAUCGACUGGAGUCCUAGUUCAGAUGGUGUGCUGGCGACAGGCGACUGUCGGCGAGACAUACACGUGUGGACACCGGUGGAAGACGGAACAUGGAAAGUGGACCAACGUCCACUAGUGGGCCACUCACAGUCAGUUGAAGAUCUGCAAUGGAGUCCAAACGAACGUAGCGUGCUCGCGUCCUGUUCGGUGGACAAAACCAUCCGCAUUUGGGACUGCCGCGCGGCGCCUCAGAAAGCAUGUAUGCUGACAUGCCAGGAUGCUCACCAGAGCGACGUAAACGUGAUUUCGUGGAAUCGCACCGAGCCUUUUAUCGCCAGUGGCGGUGACGACGGCUACCUCCACAUUUGGGACCUACGUCAGUUUCAAAACAAAAAGCCUAUUGCCACUUUUAAGCACCAUACGGACCACAUCACUACUGUUGAAUGGAGUCCCGGCGAAGCUACCGUACUGGCGUCAGGUGGCGACGAUGACCAAAUUGCUUUGUGGGAUUUGGCUGUAGAGAAGGACAACGAUCAGGCGGUGGACACGGCGCAAAACGAAGACGUCCUAAGCAAGUUGCCCCCACAACUUCUUUUUAUUCACCAGGGGCAAAAGGAGAUUAAAGAGCUACACUGGCACCCUCAACUACCGGGCGUCCUGCUUUCUACAGCCCACAGUGGCUUUAACAUCUUUCGCACAAUCAGUGUCUAACUACGCAGGUCUUCUAUUAUACUGUUACAUAACGCUACAAAAUAAAAACGAAACAAAAAUUAAAA